AUGGAAGACGAUGACCUCGGUCAAGACUCUCCGGAUGAACGCCACAUUGCCCAUCCAAGAUUUAGAGGUGCGGAUAACAAACGCCAUCGGGCUAAUUCAAAGAGACCCCGACGCGCCACUCGCAGCAGCGCCGCCGCCGGUGAAGCAGAUGAAACCCAUCGGUGUGACGAAUGCGGCAAAUCUUAUAAAUCGAAAGCCGCUCUUUACAGGCACCGGAGCGUCCACUCAGCGGAGAGACCUUUUCCAUGCUCCGAGUGCGGGAAAAGCUUCAGCCAGAAGACCCACCUCACCAGACACUGGAGGACUCACACCGGCGAGCGCCCGUUUUCCUGCCCCGAGUGCGGGAAAGGUUUUAGAGAUAAGUCGAAGCUGACGGCGCAUCAGAGGUACCACACGGGCGAGAACCUCCACGCCUGCUCGGAGUGCGGGAAGCAGUUCUCUCAGAAGUCCCAGCUUGCGGCGCACCAGAGGUACCACACGGACGAGUACCUCCACGCCUGCUCGGAGUGCGGGAAGAAGUUCUCUCAGAAGUCGCUGCUCGAGGUGCACCAGAGGUACCACACGGGCGAGAAACCGUACCAGUGCGCAGAAUGCGGCAUGAGGUUCAUGAAGAACUCGCAGCUGGUCGUACACCAGAGAAGCCACACGGGAGAGAAGCCUUUCCAGUGCUCCGACUGCGGCCUUUCUUUCUCGCGGAAGGCCGACGUGGUCAAACACCGGAGGAAGCACACGGGCGACAAGCCGCACUCCUGCUCCGAGUGCGGGAAAAGUUUCGCCACCAAGCACCAGCUCACCAAGCAUCACAGAUCCCACCUGGGCCUGCAGCUCCAUUCCUGCCCCGAGUGCGGGAAGAUUUUCAUGUACAGAUCCCAGCUUGAGCUCCAUCAGAGGUCUCACACCAGCAAGGAGGUCUAUUCCUGCUCCGAGUGUGGGCGGAGCUACAUAUUUCAGUCCCAGCUGAGGAAGCAUCAGAAAAUUCACACGGACGACAAGCCACAUUCGUGCCCCGAAUGCGGGAAAUGUUUCAUAUGGAAGUCCCAGCUGGACGUGCACUUGAAACGUCACAUGGGGGAGAAGCCGUUCUCCUGCUCGGUCUGCGAGAAGCGGUUUGUACUCAAGUCAAAGUUGAAGCAGCAUCAGAAGACGCACUUCCAGGAGGAGCCGUUGCUGUGCGCCAGGUGCGGGUUGGCUUUUCAGUCACGGGCCCUGUUGGUCCAACACUACGCCCUCCAUGUCGAGGAGGAGCCACUGUCCUGCGUAAAGUAUGAGGAGACCCCUGGGGACGACUCUUAG